AUGUCCCGCUCACAGUACGGCCGCCAUUCCAGCAGCGACCUCGCCUACGGAGACGAACCCCAGACCCAACGAUGGGACCGCGACCGCUUCGAACGCUACUCACGCAGAGCCCCUGCCCCUGUCGAAGAACGCGAGACUUUUCGAUUCAGCGAACAUGACCGUCCGGGUCGCCAAGAUAUCCGCAUAGAGGAGAGAAUCGACAGAGGUCCGCCUCCACGACGUGAACGAGACGUCUUCGCCGAAGACUCAUACGGUCCCGCUGCCAGACCUCGUCGCUCAGACCGUGAGCUCUUUGGUGAUAGAGACCCUCGCGAGCUUGCCGAUCUCCAGCUCGCUCCCUACAGAAGAAAGUCAAUCGUCGACCGCGAGUUUGAGUUCCGCGAGACCAGAAAUGUACCGAGACCAGGCCUACAGAGGAGACAGAGCAGUCUCGACACAUUCGACCGCCGACCACUUCGCCGAUACGAGCAAGACGAGUACCGCAUUCCUCCUGGCGUUCCGAUUCCCUUGCCCCGUCGUCGCUCUCCCUCACGUGGGCCCCCUGGUGGCUGGUACGAGGAGGAAUACGAAGAUGUGAGACGCCGAGACUACUCCCCUCAGGACUCGUACCGCGAUAUGGAGAUCAUACGAGAGAAGAGCGUUCACCGUAGGCGUGGAAACCGUGACAGAGCAAGGAGCGAUGCCCGUAGUUCGACUACCAAGCGUAGUGGGCGGACCACUCGCAGCUCUAGCAGCAGCAGUAGUAGCAAAAGCAGUUUUACCGAAGUCAGUCGACACAGCAGACACAGCAGCCCUAGUCCACCAAAGAUCGGUAAAAAGGGAAAGACUCGCAUGCCCAAAAGGCUGGUGCGUAAGGAAGCCAUCAUCAACCUGGGCUAUCCUUUCGAGGAGGAGGAUUUCAUCAUCGUGCAGAGAGCUCUGGACAAAAAUCACAUUGACGAGGUGAUCCGCAUCAGUGAGCAGUACAAAGAGCCGAAAACCAAGACGUACCGCUACGACGACCCCGCUGCGCCUGAAGAACACUUCGAGCAUCUCAAGACUGAAUGGAUCAACCCUCCCAGCGUUCGCGCUCCCUCUCCAGCUCGCUCUGCUCGUACUCGUCGUAGCUCUCCAGCUCGUACAGUCCGUCAACCAUCGCCCGCUCCUCCGCCGCAACCGCAAACCAUCUACAUCCGCGANUCCUCCCCGCCACCUCCUCCAGCGCCUAUCUACAUCAGGGAGCAAGCUCCUGCACCACCUCCUGCUCCCAUCUACAUCCACGAGCCCGCCCGACCUGCCCCGCCUCAACAGCAACCCAUGACUAUUGUACUACCCGAGCGCCGUCGCGAACACAGUCGUGAUGUCCACGCCGAAGUUCGCGCUCUAGAAGCUGAAGCCCGCGCUCUCCGUCUCGAACGUGAAGCCCAGCACCACCACGGCCAGAUUAUCUUAGCCCAACCACAGCAGUCAGGCUACGAGAUGGUUGAGUACAGAGAACGUCGACCGGACCGAGAGAUCGUCGAAUACGUUGAACGAGACAGAAGUCCUAAGAGAGACGUCGUUCGUGUGGAAAAGGACCGGAAAGCGGCAGACAAGGAGAGACGGCAGGCUAGGAAGAUUGCCAUGAUGAUGGCGACACUCUCCUGA